CUCGCCAGUGCCCCAUCCUCUGCUCGUGAAAUCUCUGCUUUUGCAAAUGCAAAAAUCGAUUGGAAAGAGACCCCACAAGCUCACAUCUUCAAAGUGGAUGUUCCGGGGAUAAAGAAAGAGGAAGUGAAAGUCGAAGUUGAAGAAGGAAGGAUUUUACAGAUUAGCGGUGAGAGAAGCAGAGAACAAGAGGAGAAGAACGAUCAGUGGCACCGUAUGGAGAGGAGCAGCGGUAAGUUUUUAAGGAGAUUCAGACUGCCGGAGAAUACGAAGACGGGAGAAAUUAAGGCAGCGAUGGAGAAUGGGGUACUGACUGUGACUGUUCCAAAAGAAGAAGAGAAGAAGAAAUCUGAGGUGAAGGCCAUUGACAUUUCUGGUUAAACACAAGUGCAGUGCAGAUCAAAAGUCGCUCUGUCAAUAAUGUCUGUUUCUCAAGUAUUUUGGUUUGUUGGAGAUUAAGCUUUUAAUUUGAAUUGUGUAUGUGUAAUCGUGGUCUUCUUCUACUUGCAUUUGUAAAUAAGAAAACGUUGUGAGAGUUUAAUUAAUGAAAAAUUUCUUUUUAAAAAACA